UAAAGACUAUCCCUGUAAGGCUGGUACUGUUUGGUCCUAACAAGCUUCAUGGUCGGUCAUGGAACUGCUGCAGUUCACAUGUCUGCUUUUACUUAUCAGCCUGAAAUGUUUGACAGGUUUUGGCCAGCAGUGUGGGGGUAACCAGUGGCAGUGUGAUGAUGGAGCUUGUCUGCCUCUUUCCUGGCACUGUGAUGGAAAUGGAGACUGUAUGGACGGCUCUGAUGAAAUGGCCUGCCCCUGUCCUAGGGGCCAGGUUGCCUGCAUGGCCGGGGCUCCUGGUUGUGUAAGUACCUCUGCAGUAUGUGAUGGGCAGCGCCAGUGUUCUGAUGGAUCUGAUGAGUUUAACUGCCCAGAGAACCAGGGCUGUCUGCAGGGGGACUGGAGGUGUAGGAAUAAGAUCUGCAUCCCCAAGGACCAAUACUGUAAUGGUGCUAACGACUGUGUGGACAACUCUGAUGAGGCCUGUGGCCAGUGUGGGCCAAUGGCUGUGCGUUGUCCUGGAGGGGCGUGUCUGACUGAAGAUGAGAGAUGUGAUGGAAAAUUGCACUGCUCUGAUGGCAGUGAUGAACCCUCUACCUGUGGGAGGACCUGUUCAGAAGAGAACGGUGGCUGCAGUCACUCCUGUGUGGAUCAGCCCUGGGGAGCCCUCUGCUCCUGUCCUAAAGGCCAUAGGCUGUCUGCUAACGGAGCCUCCUGUCUGGAUGUGGAUGAAUGCGCUCUGCCUUAUGGUCCAUGCAUGCACUUCUGUGUCAACACACCCGGGUCCUUCUACUGCCACUGCCGAGAUGGCUUCCAGCUUCAAGGAACCACCUGCUAUGCUAAAGGAAAUUAUACAAAGUUUCUGACUACAAAGAAGGGAACUAUCGGAUUUCUGAAUCUGAAGACUCUGAGAUUCGAGUCCAUUCAGAGUAUUGGCUAUGAUCCUCUGGCCCUGGCCUUUGACCUCUCCAGGAGCUCAUUCUACUGGGCUGAUAACCAGGGGAACAUCUACAAGGCUAAGGAGCAGCAGCGCAGGAUCCUUUAUCAUGGACAAUAUGGGGUUAGAAGUCUAGUCUGUGAUUGGCUGACAGGCCAGCUGUACUGGACCAACCAGAAGACCCGAUCUAUUCAUGUUGGGGCAGCUGAUGGGAGCGGAUUUGCAACUGUCUUGGCCAAGAACAUAGACCCGUUGGAGCUGGUCCUUCUUCCCAUUGAAAGCUUGUUGUUUUGGAUCAACAAAGGUCCAGGUGAUAAAAUUACUCUGGAGAGAUCUGGGAUGGAUGGGAUAAAGCAGGAAUCUCUGGUGGUCCUCACUGCACAGGCUCCACGGAGUCUGACCCUGGAUGUUACAGCUAGGAGGCUGUACUGGAUGAGUGAUUUUAAAAAGUCCAUAGAGACUGUGCGAGUGGAUGGGAGUGGUCGCUACAGCUUUCUGGAGUUCUUCAAGAGGAGACCAGCUCAGAGCCUGGCGGUGUUUGAGAGGUGGUUCUACUGGACAGAUCAGAAGGGUCUGUGGCGCUCCCCUCAGGACCGACCUAAUCAGAAGACCUUUAUUCAGAGGACAACACUCCCUGUCCUAGAGGCAUACCAUGAACAACAGCAGCCAAAAGCUCCAUCAGCCUGUGUAAAGUCUGGCUGCCAGCUCUGCAUGCUGACUCUGGACCUGCCUGCUGGGUUCACCUGUACCUGUCCUGAUGACAAACUUCUCAUGGCAGAUGGCUCAUGUGAAUAUCCCAGGUUUGCUUAUGCAACAUCCACAACACUGAACCUGUUUGAGUUGAAAGGGAAGGAGCUGAUCAAGACAAAACUGCUGACUACGGAUGAUGUCAUGGAGUCUUUUGACAUCGACUGGAGGGGGGACUGGGUCUACUGGGCAAACAGCACUGGUCAUGUGAUGCGCUGGAGCCUCAAUACCGGCCAAACAGAGACUGUCCCUACGCUGAGACCAGCCUGCAUGGUGUUAGUAGACCAGAAGAUGAGAAAUCUGUACUGGCUGUCAUGUGAUGAAGCCUGUGUUGGCGUCACUAACAUGGAUCAGGGUUACCCACGGAGACUGUACCAGUCAGGCAGUGAGGUAAGAGAUGUUUAUCUGGACUGGCAGCGGGGGAGGCUGUACUUGCUGGAGGCUGGCUGGAUCCUAUCCAUGAGACUGCCAGGAGGAAACCCUAGGAAAGUCCUGAGAGUGGAGGGACACGUCGCUGGGCGCAUUGUUUUGGACCUACAAUCUAACACACUGCUCUGGAACACAGAGGGGGACGAUCUGAAGAUCAUGAGUCUGUUGAAGUCCCAGACUCACCUGGUAGGCAGAGAGUGGAAUGUCCCUGGUUCCAUCGUGGCCGCUCAUUCUCCACUCCUGGUGUCGCUGUUUAAUGACGUCAUCACUGUGUGGGACCGGCGGGACAGGAGGCGUGUCCACGAUGUCCCUGUCGGACCAGGCGUUGUCAGGGUGAUCGUGGCUCUGGAUGUAAAGGAAGUGCCUCCUGCUCAGCCAGUCUGUACCAGUCCAUCAGUGAUGUGUCGGGGCUCAACUUUGUGUAUCUCCCAAACUCAGCUGUGUGACACAUUGAGAGACUGCCCUGAUGGUUUUGAUGAGGAGUCCUGCAUUACUAAAUGUCCAAACCGAGGUGAGUUCCGGUGUAAGGACAGGAGGAAAUGUAUUAAGAGGAGUCUGGUUUGUGAUGGACGCGCUCACUGCCAUGAUGGCUCAGAUGAGAUUGGCUGUCCAACGAUCGCUGCUCCAACAUCCCAAACUGCCCCCCUGAAGUGCCGUAUGGGUUCUAGACUGUGCAAGGAUGGGAGAGAGUGUGUCCUGCACAGCCAUGUUUGUGAUGGAGAGGUGGACUGUAAGGAUGGAUCAGAUGAACAGGACUGUGGAGAAUCUCCAGUUCCACUUACUACAGCUUAUUUGGCUCCAACUACAACCGCUCCAGAUAUUCUUCCUGCUCAGCCAGUCUGUACCAGUCCAUCAGUGAGGUGUCGGGGCUCAACUUUGUGCAUCUCCCAAACUCAGCUGUGUGACACAUUGAGAGACUGCCCUGAUGGUUUUGAUGAGGAGUCCUGCAUUACUAAAUGUCCAAACCGAGGUGAGUUCCGGUGUAAGGACAGGAGGAAAUGUAUUAAGAGGAGUCUGGUUUGUGAUGGACGCGCUCACUGCCAUGAUGGCUCAGAUGAGAUUGGCUGUCCAACGAUCGCUGCUCCAACAUCCCAAACUGCCCCCCUGAAGUGCCGUAUGGGUUCUAGACUGUGCAAGGAUGGGAGAGAGUGUGUCCUGCACAGCCAUGUUUGUGAUGGAGAGGUGGACUGUAAGGAUGGAUCAGAUGAACAGGACUGUGGAGAAUCUCCAGUUCCACUUACUACAGCUUAUUUGGCUCCAACUACAACCGCUCCAGAUAUUCUUCCUGCUCAGCCAGUCUGUACCAGUCCAUCAGUGAGGUGUCGGGGCUCAACUUUGUGCAUCUCCCAAACUCAGCUGUGUGACACAUUGAGAGACUGCCCUGAUGGUUUUGAUGAGGAGUCCUGCAUUACUAAAUGUCCAAACCGAGGUGAGUUCCGGUGUAAGGACAGGAGGAAAUGUAUUAAGAGGAGUCUGGUUUGUGAUGGACGCGCUCAUUGCCAUGAUGGCUCAGAUGAGAUUGGCUGUCCAACGAUCGCUGCGCCAACAUCCCAAACUGCGCCCCUGAAGUGCCGUAUGGGUUCUAGACUGUGCAAGGAUGGUAGAGAGUGUGUCCUGCACAGCCAUGUUUGUGAUGGAGAGGUGGACUGUAAGGAUGGAUCAGAUGAGCAGGACUGUGAGCUCCUCUGCAAAGCAGGUCAGUUCCAGUGUGCUCAUGGGAAGAAGUGUAUCGACCAGCAGCAGAUGUGUGAUGGAAAGGCACAGUGCCAGGACCGUUCUGAUGAAAUGGACUGCUUCAAGCCCACCAAGAGCUGCAGUCAUCGCUGUGACAAUAAUAGCAGCUGUAUCCCAGAAACCUUUCUCUGUGAUGGAGAGAGAGACUGUGCGGACGGCUCUGAUGAGGAAGGCUGUGAUUCUAACAAGGCCCUUCCUCCUGUCCUGCCAACUCUGGCUCAGACCUGUCCCAGUCCAUCAGUGAGGUGUCGGGGCUCAACUUUGUGCAUCUCCCAAACUCAGCUGUGUGACACAUUGAGAGACUGCCCUGAUGGUUUUGAUGAGGAGUCAUGCAUUACUAAAUGCCCAAACCGAGGUGAGUUCCGGUGUAAGGACAGGAGGAAAUGUAUUAAGAGGAGUCUGGUUUGUGAUGGACGCGCUCAUUGCCAUGAUGGCUCAGAUGAGAUUGGCUGUCCAACGAUCGCUGCGCCAACAUCCCAAACUGCGCCCCUGAAGUGCCGUAUGGGUUCUAGACUGUGCAAGGAUGGUAGAGAGUGUGUCCUGCACAGCCAUGUUUGUGAUGGAGAGGUGGACUGUAAGGAUGGAUCAGAUGAGCAGGACUGUGAGCUCCUCUGCAAAGCAGGUCAGUUCCAGUGUGCUCAUGGGAAGAAGUGUAUCGACCAGCAGCAGAUGUGUGAUGGAAAGGCACAGUGCCAGGACCGUUCUGAUGAAAUGGACUGCUUCAAGCCCACCAAGAGCUGCAGUCAUCGCUGUGACAAUAAUAGCCGCUGUAUCCCAGAAACCUUUCUCUGUGAUGGAGAGAGAGACUGUGCGGACGGCUCUGAUGAGGAAGGCUGUGAUUCUAACAAGGCCCUUCCUCCUGUCCUGCCAACUCUGGCUCAGACCUGUCCCAGUCCAUCAGUGAGGUGUCGGGGCUCAACUUUGUGCAUCUCCCAAACUCAGCUGUGUGACACAUUGAGAGACUGCCCUGAUGGUUUUGAUGAGGAGUCCUGCAUUACUAAAUGCCCAAACCGAGGUGAGUUCCGGUGUAAGGACAGGAGGAAAUGUAUUAAGAGGAGUCUGGUUUGUGAUGGACGCGCUCAUUGCCAUGAUGGCUCAGAUGAGAUUGGCUGUCCAACGAUCACUGCGCCAACAUCCCAAACUGCACCCCUGAAGUGCCGUAUGGGUUCUAGACUGUGCAAGGAUGGUAGAGAGUGUGUCCUGCACAGCCAUGUUUGUGAUGGAGAGGUGGACUGUAAGGAUGGAUCAGAUGAGCAGGACUGUGAGCUCCUCUGCAAAGCAGGUCAGUUCCAGUGUGCUCAUGGGAAGAAGUGUAUCGACCAGCAGCAGAUGUGUGAUGGAAAGGCACAGUGCCAGGACCGUUCUGAUGAAAUGGACUGCUUCAAGCCCACCAAGAGCUGCAGUCAUCGCUGUGACAACAAUAGCCGCUGUAUCCCAGAAACCUUUCUCUGUGAUGGAGAGAGAGACUGUGCGGACGGCUCUGAUGAGGAAGACUGUGUGGCAAAGCUUUGUGGCCAGCAGCAGUAUCAUUGCAGUAAUGGUCAGUGUGUGUCUGAGGCUCUCCGUUGUGACGGCCAUGCUGACUGUGGAGACCAUUCUGACGAGGUGGGCUGUGCCAAACCCCCCCACUGUCCCCCGGAGCGCCGCUGCCCAAACAGCCAUGAAUGUCUUGUGGAGGAAUGGCUGUGUGAUGGGGAACAGGACUGCCAGGACGGUUCAGACGAGAUGAAUUGUAAGGUGUCUCCAGUGACGUGUGGGGAGUUCCAGUGGAGCUGUGUCUCUAAGACCCAGUGUAUCCCUGCAACCUGGAGGUGUGAUGGACAGAAGGACUGUGAGGACUACAGUGACGAGGCCGGAUGUGACAAGUUGAAGUGCUCCAACCAGCUUUACCAGUGUGGUAGUGGAGAGUGUGUGGACCAUUCCCUGCUGUGUGACCACAUCAUCAACUGUCCUGAUGGAUCUGACGAGGGGCACGGUUGUUCCACCAAUAACUGCUCCAGCCCUGGGACCCCCCAAUGUGACCAGCACUGUGUCAGCACCCCUUACGGACCGAGGUGCAUCUGUGCUGCAGGCUUCCGGCUCCAGGCUAACGGUGUGUCCUGUGUGGAUGUUGACGAGUGUAAUGAGGUCCUACCACCUGUCUGCAGCCACACCUGCCUUAACACCCGCAGCUCCUUCCUGUGUCGCUGUCACCAUGGAUAUCUGCUGGAACCAAAUGGUCACAGCUGCAAGACCCAAGAUGAGGCUCACCUGCUGGCAUCUGUUCAGAAUGAGCUGCUGGUGUUGGGGUUGCAUAGCUCCAGCCUUUCAUUGCUCUCCACUAGUCAGACCCCUGUGUUCUGUGUGGAUUAUGACUGGAGAGACCAGAGGGUAUACUGGGUCAGUCUGGAGGAGGAGAGCAUCAAGUGGACUUCCAUCAACACCAAGGACACAGGCAUUCUGGUCAAAGGUGUGAAGUCUGAUUCUAUAGCUGUGGACUGGGUUGGCAGGAACCUGUACUGGCUGGAUGGGCUGGCCAGUCAGAUUCUGGCUGUGAGGCUGGGCACAUCUACAGUAAAGUCUCAGAACUACAUAGUGGUUCUGGAUGAGGAUCUGGAGCAGCCUCGCUCACUACUGCUGCUGCCACACAAAGGGUUGAUGUAUUGGUCAGAGGUUGGUAGCGAUCCCCAGAUUGAGCGGUCAGGGAUGGAUGGCUCUGAGAGGAAGGUGGUGUUGACUCGUGGUCUCAGCUGGCCAGUCAGUCUCUCGGUGGACACUCUCACUGACCGAAUCUACUGGGCAGAUGAAAAACUGCAGUGCAUCGGCUCUGUAUCCCUGGAAGGACACAAUGUCAGGCUUCUGCAGCUGACUGAAAUGCCCAGUCCAUUCUCUGUAAUGGUUUUCAAUGACAUGGUCUACUGGUCUGACACCAAGAGGAGAACUAUUCAAGUAUCCCACAAGAACACGGGCAAGAACCGCAAAGUUUUACUCAAAAGACCUGGACAGCCUUUUGGCAUCAGGAUUAUGCACCCCCUCCGGCAGACCAAUGUGUCCAGCCCCUGUGAGAAGCUCCAGUGUUCCCACAUCUGUCUCUUGGCUCCAGGACUGUCUACAGGCCCCAGAGCUGGGUCUACGGGACCCAAGGCUGUGUGUAGAUGUGCAGCAGGGCUUCUCCUGGCUGGGGACGGCCUCACCUGCUCCACCCUUGUAGACACCACCUUCCUCUUGCUCCUCUCUCCUACUGCAGUUACACAGAUAUACCUUAGCACCAUCCAUAAUGGUGUGGGGUUGAAGCAGUUGCCUGAGCACCAUAUAUGGUCUCUGCCGUGGGCGCACCAGGCCUCGGGGCUGGAUUUGGCUGUACAGGAGAGGAAUUUAUACCUGGCUGAUGCUGCGCAGGGCUCAGUCGAUCUCCUGAAACUGAGUAGCUCAGGCCUGACACCAGGCAGUAGAGUCCUGAAUCUCCAGGAUGAUACAGUGAUGGCUCUGGCUGUGGACUGGGUCACACUAAACUUGUACUGGAGCAGCAGGAAGCAGCCUGACCUACAUGUCACCACCACCAGGGGGCAGCACACUGCACCUCUACUCCAACUAGGCCUUCAGGGAACCACCUCCAUCGCCCUGCACCCCCCCUCAGGACGCCUGUGCUUCACGGCCUUGGGCCAGGUGAAUGUGAGGAGCCUGCCGCAGGUGGAAUGUGCCUUCAUGGAUGGACGUAGUCAGAAGCUGCUCUGGAGGAAGGCUGUGAUGCCAACCUCCCUUCUGUUCUCCAACAAGGGCACUCGGCUGUAUUGGGCUGACAUAGGUGCUGGAGUAAUCGACUCCAUUCUUCUGGAUGGUUCUGGAUUUAAACAGUUUAAUGCAGAUCCCGGACUCAUGUCCUUCACACUGGCUGAGAACGUCCUCCUGUGGAGCAGCCUGGAUAAAGAUGUGACUAGAAUCUGGUUCAGUGAUGGAUUUCAGCCCAAGCAGCUGUGGUUUGAGGUCAAUACCAAUGUAGUGGCACUGAGGGUUUACAGCAAAACCAGUCAGAAAGGAACUAACAGCUGCUCAGAGCGGAACGGAGGCUGCAGUCAGCUGUGCCUGGCCUACCCAGGGGGGCGUAGCUGCCGAUGUGGACGUGGUUACCAACCUGUCGACACCAACACGUGUAGCCCCUCCCCCCCCCUCCAGUGUCCAGAGGGCAGCAGGGCCUGUAGCGACGGCAGCGGGUGUCUCCCCCUCACAAAGUUCUGUAACCACCAAACCGACUGCCUCGACCAUUCAGACGAGAUCAAAUGUUGGUCUGGAGUGAAGCCCCAAGAUGUCAGCCAUAGUAAACCUUACCCGGGGCAUGCUGGGAGCACCGUCCCCCCUAGCCAGGACUGGUCUGGGAGGACCACCACCGGGGGGGUAGAGGUGCAGAAGCUGGACUCUGAGUCAUGUGACGCCCAGCAGUGUAAUGGACAUGGGAAAUGUGUGGCAAGGGGUGGAGAAACCACCUGCCAGUGUGUUCUGGGAUACCAUGGUGUGUUCUGUGAGGAGGGUGAGGGUCCAGGGGUCAGUAAUGCCCCCCUCACUUUAGGCAUCCUCAGCCUCAUUGGUGGAGUCCUCAUCGCUGCUGUCAUCAUCAGAAAGAGCAGAGCAAGAGCUGCAGCUCGGGGCCAGUCCACAGACAAGGAGACUCUGAUGACCAAUAUGGAUGAACAGACGGUCUACGCUGUGUCUUUCAACAACGAUCUGUAUGAUCCUGACCAGGAAUUGAUCUCGUCUGCUGAUGGGACAUCUCAACAUCUGUAAAUGUUGCCUUUUCUCUUCUGCUCUGAAUAAAGUCUAGGAUGUUAAA